CGUCGGACUCCUCAGUCCUGCAGUAUCUUCCAGGUCCCGGGUCCGUGUCUGCUCUCUCCUGCUCCUGCUCUCCCACCGUGACCAUGUUCCGCUGCGGCGUCGCCUACCCCCGGUUCAGGUGGAUCCUGCCGCUGCUGCUGCUGUUCGCACUCAUCUUCGACAUCAUUGCCGUGGCGGCCACGUCGGGAUGGGUCGAGGACGAGGACGCCGAGACCCACUACGCCAGUAUGUGGAAGGAGUGCCGAGGCAGGAACGACCACUGGAGCUGCGAGUCCCUGAUGAGGCACUCUUGGGCCCAGGCAGUUGCUGCUCUGAUGAUCAUUGGCCUCAUCCUGCUCAUCCUCGCCUUCAUUCUCUCUGUUGUGGCCAUGUGUAAUGUCAACAUUGCUCUUCUGGGUGUCACUGCAAUACUGCUAGUCGUUGUUGUGAUCGUCCAGAUCAUCGCUCUCAUCAUCUACCCCGUCAAGUUCAAGGAGGAGAUCUUCGAGGGCCAGUACUACUUCACUUGGGCCUACGGCUUCGGCUGGGGGGCCACCAUCCUCUGCAUCGGCUGCAGCUUCCUCUUCUGCUGCCUGAGAAAUUAUGAGGAUGACCUACGCGGUGACGCAAAGCCCAAAUACAUCUAUACCUCCUCCUAAAGACAAAACCUGCUCGUCUGACCAGUCACAGCUAUUUCCAUCUUUCUCUUGAUCUCUGCUGUCUGAUGAACAUUUUCACUCGGUACCAUUUAACCAAAACUCCACAGCUCUGUUAGAUUUGGUUUGGUUAGAUUAAGCUGGACUGUGAUUGGAUGUGGCACCAGCCUUGAUGUUAGUUUUGUAUUUUGUAUUUAGUCAGCAUUUUUCAGAAAUUUUGUUUUUUAUUUUCUAACCAUACUGAACUUAUUCAUGUGCUUUUAACUAUCACCCAAGUGCACUUAACUUAAAGGAUAUAGUUUUGUGUAAAAUAUAGCUUUCACCUGAUUUCUUACAAAAAUACAGUACUCCGUGUCUUUAAUUCUGUGUGCAGCUUUGCAUCAAGAGAGUCUUGCAGUGGAAUCUCUGGUUGAAUAUAAUGCGUACAUACAGAUAUGCACAUGCGAUUUAUCAGCCAUUUUUGCACCUUUUUUAUGCAUUUUCUUAUCUGCUGUUUGCCUGAUGAGUUUUGUAUUAUUAUUAUAAAGUGGAUGUAACUGGGACAUAGCUGUGCUGUUUUUGGGCGCUUAGUGGAAAUCAUUUAUAAUACAGUUUAAGUGAAGUGUUUGAUAUGACACAGAAGAAGUGUAAGAUUUAUUUGAUCUUGUUGUGAUUGUGAGUUUCCACUGACGUGGAUAGCUGAUUUGAGAGCUGGAUCCCUUUUUCUAAUUACAUUAUCAUGUUUUCUUUAAACAUGUUUAAACUAGUUUUUUUAAAACAUGUAAUACACCUGUUUAAAAUUAUCCAUAAAAGGCUACUGAACCAUUUGUUUAUAUGGUUGUUUAAUGAUGUCAAAUUGAGGUUCAAAGGGAACAAAAGGAAUGAGUUUAAUCUGUUUUAGUGUCUACAUGUAAAUCGUGGAUUUACAGUGAAAACUUCAUCGUGUUACAC